AUUACUCCGGUAGGCGAUAUGCUACCUAUAUAUGCAUCCAUCAGCUCCUCGCUUGAGAACGAAAUACUUGUUUACUGUGUCGUUGGUGUGCCGAACAAAGAGUCUGAUGACGACAACAUUAAGAUUGUUGGUUUGACUGUUGCCAUUGAUGUCCCAGAAAGCAUUAGUCGUAGGCUUUCAUCUUCAACAUGCUCUGGUUGUGACAUUGUUACUCCGAAAUCCAAUUCUCACGCCGUCCUUGUUCCCUCGUUUGCUAGAUUAGUCCCCCCUUGCAGUCCUCCUAAAGUCAUCUCUGUAGCACACACAUCCCGCCACAUUUCCGCUACACAGUUUCUCCUAAAAGCUUCAAAUUUCGCCUCUGCAGAGGUUUGUGCCGCUUCAACCAUUUUGUUACCUGAUAAUCCAUUAGCGUGAGGAAUUUGAUUUACUGUUUCCUCAAUAACAUGCCCUUUGCCUU